CAGUCAUGUCGAACGCACGUGAAUAUGUCUCACACCAAACGAGCUAGUGUGCUAAAACCUUUCAGUCCGAGUAUCACUCAGCCCACGAGUUUUUUGAUGUCGAACUAUUUCUUUCUCUCUGCUGAUUCUCGAGAACUUGAACAUGACGUCGCCUAAAACUCCAAAGACUCCUCAAACGCCGCCGUCUUCGCCAAGCAGCCCAAGAAUGUCACCAGGGAGACUCAAAAUCUUCUUUCAAGACUUACACAGGGGUUCGCGUCAGAAGAUUGGCAACCAAAAGGCUCGCGUUGCUCAGUUCUUCGGUAACUGCACGAAUCGAUACAAGAACGACCAAGAAGCUAUUCCAAUUCUUGAGCUGGCUGAGAAUGAGCUACACGAAGCAAGGUACGGAGCGACUGCAGCUUUAGGAAGCGAAGUAUGCCAACCUGCAGUAAGUGCCACUAAAAAUAACCAACUGUCAGUCAUCGUUAAGAACAGUCCUUGAUACGAAGAUCAACACAACCUACGCCAUGUAAAAUCUUGGAUACAAGUACAUAAGUGAAUGUAAAAUUGAAUCAUUGAUGUUUUUGACGGUGGGAUUUCAAAUUCUACAUACUUUUUCUCUGAUACAAGACUAAAAGGACUGGUUCUGCUAACAUAACCUGAUGAGUCCAACUGUAAUAUUCAGUAUUGAAAAAAUAUUCGGGUACUAUUUGCUUUUCGUGGAUCCAAAUUAAUACCGAAAGUUUAA